AUGAGGAUGGCACAGGAAAUGUGUGGCUCUGUCCGGGUGGUGGUGCGGUGCCGUCCGCUCCUAUCAGGAGAAGAAAGUGACGCGUGUUCCCGAGUUCAUUUUGAGGCAGAAGGCGGCAAUGUGCUCGUGGACGGCAAGGCUCAGAAGGGGACACGCUGCUUUACCUUUGAUCGCGCCCUGCCACCGAACUCCACGCAAGAGGAUGUCAUGCAGGAAGUAUCACCGAUGAUUGAGCACGUCCUGAAGGGCAUCCACGCCACCGUGUUCGCGUACGGGCAGACGGGUAGCGGAAAGACAUACACGGUGGAGGGCAUCGACUACCUGCGGCACGGCAGUGGGAAUCCCAGGCCCAGCCUCAAAACGGAUCCCCGGCAACACGGCAUUAUUCCUCGUGCCAUCCAGCUUGUGUUUGAUCGCGCACGGGAGAUGCAGUUGGAGGACGGAAACCUGCGGUUCCAGUUCUGCUGCAGCUUCUAUCAGAUAUACAACGAGCGCGUGAUGGACCUGCUGAACCCUGCCACGACGCACUCGCCGAACACCGGGCUGAAGGUCGGCUGGUGCCGCGGCGACGUCUUUGCCGUGGAGAAUCUUUUCAUCUGCAACUGCGAUGAGCCGGAGAAGAUGCGUCGAUGCUUCUUCUCCGGCACGAAGGAGAAAUUCAUGGGAAGCCACGCCAUGAACCAGCAGUCAUCGCGUUCGCACUGUGUAUUCACCAUAUAUGUUGCCCGCUGCGACGCCGACUCGCCAGAGACACCCAUCAGAGCCGAGCUUUCCAUUGUGGAUCUGGCCGGAUCGGAGAGGGUCGCAAUGCUUUCUAGGAGCCCGUCUUCGUCAAUGCUGAAGGACUCUCCCGAUAUCAACGCGUCACUUCUCACUCUCGGAAGAGUCAUUACAGCUCUUACUGCUAAUGGUACAAGAGCGAAGAAAGGUAAGCCCGCUGAUAGGUCGCACAUUCCAUACCGCGAGAGUAAGCUGACCAUGUUGCUGAAGCACGCAUUAGGCGGCAACUCGCUCACUACCAUGAUUGCAUGCAUUAGUCCGUCAGACCGGUAUGUUGAUGAGACAUUGUCAACUCUUCUGUACGCUGGUCGAGCGCGCAACAUUACGAACAUCCCACGUGUAAACGAGGACGCGAAGUCUGCGCUCAUCCGUCAGCUCCGUGCUGAGGUAGCCAGCAUGAAGAGGGAAUUGAAAUACUACACGGAAUUGCUGGCGAGAUUGGGUGUCCCACAUCGAGAGCAACUGAACUGGGGCCCACCUUCGUUGAAUGUUGGAUAA